ACACUAAUCAUCUAUAUUUUACAUGAUCAGAAAGUUCGAAAGGGCACCAAUGGCGCAGUUUCUGUAGAAGGCCUUCUAGCAGCUGCCGCAGCUGGCUUAGUUAUAGGAUCGACUUUUGUAAUGGUCGGUUGGCUCUCAGUUUCAUGUGGUACUCAUGUUGUGCGGAGAGAGCUUCUUGCAGUUCCUAUUGCUGCAAUUGCUGGGCUUUGCGGAAGCCUAAUUGAUUCUAUAUUGGGUGCAACGCUCCAAUUUAGUGGAUUUUGCACUUUGCGGAAGAAAGUGGUUGGAAGAAAAACACCUACUGUAAUCAGAAUUUCAGGAAUGGAAGUUCUUGACAACAAUGCGGUGAAUGCUGUGUCUGUUUUAAUAACAACACUUCUUACAGGUCUCGCAUGUAUUUACAUUUUUUGAUUACGCUGGGUAGGUCUUCAUUCUUCUCUCCUAUUUUUCUCGAACACACCCAAAAGCGACAAGCAAGCUCAGCGAUGCUUUAUUUAUCUGUCCCUCUUCUUUCCCUACUGUGUUUGAAGGCAUAUCUAACAAAAGAAUACUAUUUUUUUUUUGCAUCCCAAAAUUUUCAUGAUGUAAAUCCAAACCAAUGCACGAUUUUUGCCCUACAAAAUUAGGACCUAAUGUACCGACAAGAUCCUGUAAUGCAGGCUGAGCAGAAUAACAUAUUGUGAUA